AUGGAAAGUGAAAAAUAGCAAAAAGAUAGUGACUCCUACAUGGAGGAUCAAAGUGAAGAGUCGUCAUCUCUACAAGAUUAAGUUGAAGAGGAAAAAGAGGAGAUAUCUUAUAGACUUGUCAAAAGAAGAUAUUACUGCUACUUGUGUUAAAAGGAAUAUAACAAGAUGGUUUCAGCUGUCGAAAAUCUCACUUGUGAUGUGUGCAAUGAGGGCUUUUGUGAGAUUAUUGAUAAACCACAAUCAACUCAAUUGAAUUAAGGAUAAAGCAUUCCAAGUGAUGAAGCAGAUGAGGAAAGGAGAAGAGCAAACGAGCAGUAUAGAAUUGUAUUUGAUAGAAACUAAAAUACUCACAAUAGACUAGACAUCAAUAACAGAUCAACAUCAAACAUCUAUGGAGAACCGAGGAAUUAGGAGCGAUCAAGUCGCUAAAAUGAGGAAGAAGAAAAAUAUGUAGGUUUCUAACAAAGAUAACAUGAAAUUCAAAGUCAUUAGCAAGACUAAUAGCCAAGAGGAUAGUACCUUCAUGAUUCAGGUGUAGAUAGGGCAUUCCUCAGAUGGAAUCCAUUUAGGGGCACAGCUGGAUCUAACUUUAUGGGGCAAUUUUUCUCCAACUCACCAUUCUUUGCUGGAUUCCCAGAUCAAAGACCAAGAUAAAUGUCUGCCUAGGAUAGAGUAUUCAGAGAUCCUUUCGGACCAUCAAUGUUGAACAUGGACCAAUUUUUCGGAUCAUUUAUCAGACCAUUCAGCUUUGGAAGAAUCUUUGAUGAUGAUGCGUUCCUCAACUAUGGAUUUGAGGAGGGUUUCAACCCAAAUGUAUUUGCGACUAAUUUCUCUCAAAACUUCAGAUCAUUCAAUGACAUGGACAGCAUUCUUCAACGAGUAGUGGAGAUGACAGCUCACUAGCAUUAGGAAAGGAGGAGACCUACUAAAUAGGAAGCUAUUGACAGGAUUCCAGUUGUUACAAUCUCAGAUAUUCAUUGUAAGAAAACUGAGGGAUCCUAAGAACUUGAGCAUCCACUUUGCACAGUUUGCUAAGAGAAUAUGGCAUUAGGUACGAAGGCUAUGAUCAUGCCUUGCGGUCAUAUCUUUCAUCCUGACUGUGUGCUGCCUUGGUUGAAGGAACAUAAUACUUGUCCUGUGUGCAGGUUUGAGUUACCCACUGAAUCUUAAUGA